AUGCUCUCUGUUCAGCUCAACUCGACCCGCGCCUUACAUGGCGUCCCUACCGGUCCACGGCAUCCAUCAGCAUGCUAUGAAAGCGCCUCACCGACAGAUGCAGGUUGCACCAGCGGAUCAAGUGAAGCGCAGCAGGCAUCGAUAGCCGAGCAAGGGCUAGACUAUCGCUCGUCGCCAUCACUGCACGCGGACGAGUCUAGCAGCUCCGCCUACAAGCGUAAACGUAGCAAUUCUUCAGCUCAAAUCGAGAAAUCCGGUCAGACCAGGGCUUCUGGUAGCAAUACGACACCAAUCAGGCCAAGGCGAGGUACCAAGGAGCGCGGGGACGCGAAGAUGCAAGAGGGUGCUGACGACCUUCAGAAACGAUUGUCGAGCCCGUCUUUGAAAGAUUAUGCCCUUGCUGCUUCCGAGCUUCCUCAAUCUAAAAGACCACGCUCUGAAACACACACGGCUGCUCAUCGCCGAUCCGAAUCACUCGACAGCUACGUGGACAAGUAUCUUGCAAGCACGGAAGGGAGCGGCGAGGAGAGGCAAGACUCCGCGCCGACAGUUCCUGCCAUCACCACGUCUAGCUCGGCGUGCAACGAUUUGGGCACCUUGCAUAGCGGCCAGAUCGAUCCCAAUGCGUCCGCCAACUCGUCGCCUUUGAAGGCUCUGAUCGUCCUGCUGAAGGCGAGCUGGCAAGCAAAGUCCGCCGUUGCUGCCCCCGCCUCUCACACUGUAGAAGGUAAAAAGGCUACCGAUGAGCGCUGGACAACAGUCUUAUCGUCGACCUAUCGAAGAGUCUUGACGUGGACAUCACAUGGACCAGCCGACCGUCGCAAGCUUGCACUCGAAGGAGCGCUCUCUGUGGCUGGUCCGCACAUCAUUCGCGAAGACGAGCAAGCCACUCUGGACGCGCUCUGGGAUCUCUGCGAUCACGACGACGAGAAGAUUCGAGUGAUCGGCUACGCGCUAGCUUCGCAGGUCUCACGAAAGUUCCCACGGUUUGCUGCUAGCUCGGUAGACAUCCUCAUUCAGUGCCUCACCGUCCCUGGAUGCUCCAAAGAAGAGAUUGCUUCCAUUCAUCAUGGUAUUGAACAGCACAUGCGAGAAUGGCCUCAGAGCACCUCAAAAGUGUUGCUGCAGAAUAUCGUCGAGAAGGAAGAGUGGUGGACGCACCUCCUCACCGCUAUCGAGACAAUCAUUCAAGGCUCAUGGAGAGUCCAUACAGAAGCUGCGCUGCUCAAUGCGAUUCGCGCCGAGUGGGUGCCAUUGAGCUCCAACGUUGUACUCUUCAAGCGCAUCGCCGCGCUGCUGGCUCAAUUUGAGUUUGCUCGAGCGGCCGACGAAGCGGCUGAAGCUUCGAGGACGGCAAUUGUGCGAUGGUUCAGUGAAAUCCUCAGGGACGCUUUGGAUGCUCAUCUGUCGAGCAACGAGGUCGAAGAAGGCGAGGCAACCGAAUUAACUUCAAGCUCAAAGGAAUGUGCAACGCAAGUUGCACGGACCAGUACCUCCACUCACUUGCGGGUGGACGGCAAGAGCAAUGGCAUUAUCAAUGUAGAUGCAAGCAGCCCAUUCGAAGGGUUCCUCAUGCUUAUAAAGAGGCAGAAGACUGGAUCGCUCUGGCAAUUGUUGAGCGCGGUGCUCCCUGCCGAUUCAGAUGCCGCGGUGCUUCCGCUAGAUCUUCUAGAUGACUAUGCUCUGCGCGAAAUCCUGCGCGCUGUAGCACGUCAGCUGAUAGACGGACGAGCAGACCCUAUGAUCAGAGGUCAGAGUCAAAAUUUGCAGAAGUGGGUGUCCCUUGCUUUCACCGUGAGUACGGCCGUGAAGUAA